CGCUGUUUCCUAAGCGCCCCUCCUGCGAGCGGUUGGCGGUUUGAGCUUCGGUCCCCACUGGACGCAGGAGCGCCGGCAGGCCAGCGCUAGACGCGCCUCCUCGCCAUGGGUCCGCUCACGGUGCGGGUGCUCUUGGAGCGCGGGCAACCCAAGAGCGACCGACUGGGGAGGAUCCGGAGCCUGGACUUGUCCGGAAUGGAGCUGCUGUCCGAGCACCUGGACCCGAAGCUACUAUGCCGCCUGACACAGCUGCAGGAGCUUGACCUCUCCAACAACCAGCUGGAGGUGCUGCCAACCAACCUGGGCCUGUCCCACCUGCGCAUCCUCCGCUGUGCCAACAACCAGCUAGGGGACGUCACCGCCCUGUGCCAGUUCCUGAAGCUGGAGGAGCUGAGCCUGGAAGGCAACCCCUUUCUGACAGUCAAUGACAACUUGAAGGUUUCCUUUCUGCUGCCCAAGCUACGGAAGAUCAAUGGCAAGGAUGCCUCCUUAACUUGCUCCCAGGUGGAGAACCUGAACCGGGAGCUGACCAACAGGGUCACAGCUCACUGGGAGAAGUUCAUUGCUGCCCUAGGCCCUGAAGAGAAGGCUGAGAAAGUCCAGGCAGACUUUGUGAAGUCUGCCAUUAGGCACGUGCACUAUGGACCAGAGUCCCUGAGCGAGUUCACCCAGUGGCGGGUGCAAAUGAUCUCUGAGGAGCUGGCAGCUUCCGGUGGGACAAGGGUGAGUGCGGCUAACAUCCCAGAGAAGACCCCAGGAGUGGCAGCUGCCUCCAGGCCCAGGGUCAGGCUAGCAGCCAUGAAGCGGCUGGUUGAUGUACCCCUCAAACUCUCUCCCACCAAGCGGAUGUGUGUCUCCCUGCCGGACCAGGUAGAAGGUGGCCCAGCGGGCCUCAGUGGCAGCCAGCCUGCCCUGCAGAUGGAGCCCCUAUACUUCCUGCAGUGCCACAGCAGGAACAACAGCCCUCAGGACCUGAAGACCCAGCUGUGGGCCUGCGCCUUUGAGCCGACCUGGGAGGAGGGGCGUUCGGGGGCCACAUCCCAGACGGUGGCCACAUGUGGCGGGGAGGCUGUAUGUGUGAUUGACUGCCAGACGGGUAUUGUCCUCCACAAGUACAAGGCACCUGGCGAGGAGUUCUUCUCAGUGGCCUGGACAGCCCUGACAGUGGUCACACAGGCUGGCCACAAGAAGCGCUGGAGUGUGUUGGCGGCAGCAGGCCUGCGAGGCCAGGUCCGCCUGCUGCACGUGCGUGCUGGCUUCUGCUGUGGAGUCAUCCGUGCCCACAAGAAGGCCAUUGCCACCCUCUGCUUCAGCCCUACCCAUGAGACCCACCUCUUCACGGCCUCCUAUGACAAGCGGAUCAUCCUCUGGGACAUCGGUAUGCCCAACCACGACUACGAGUUCCAGGCCAGUCAGCUCCUCACACUCGACUCCACCUCCAUCCCCCUGCGCCUCUGCCCUGUCGCCUCCUGUCCUGAUACCCACCUACUGGCUGGCUGUGAGGGUGGCUGCUGCUGCUGGGAUGUGCGGCUGGACCAGCCCCAAAAGAGAAGGGGGUGUGAGGUGGAGUUUGUCUUCUGCGAGGGCUCCGCAUCGACACGGAGAGUGGAUGGGCUGGCAUUUGUGAAUGAGGAUGUUGUAGCCUCCAAGGGGAGCAGCCCAGGCACCAUCUGCCUUUGGAGUUGGAGCCAGACGUGGCUGCGCCGGGGCAGCCAGUCCUCAGUGGCUGUGGUUGUCCUGGCUCAGCUGCAGUGGUCACCCACUGAGCUGGCCUACUUCUCGCUCAGCACCUGCCCUGACCAAGGGAUUGUGCUCUGCGGAGAUGAAGAGGGCAGCGUGUGGGUCUACGAUGUCAGGCACCUCCUGAAGCAGUUGUCUCCACCACCAGCAGCCCCACAGGCCCCCACACAGAUCCUCAAGUGGCCCCAACCAGGGGCCGGCGGCCAGCCAGUGACCAAGACUAUGGUGAACAUGGUGGUGGCCAAUGCUGCCUUCACCUACCUCGCAGCUCUGACGGACUCCAACAUUGUAGCCAUCUGGAGGAGAUGUUAACAGGGCAGGACGCCUGCCGCUGCAGCACAGGACCAGGGACACAUUUAACUUAUUUAGUGUGGCUAAUGGUGGAGGGUUUUUUUAACAGCAAAUA